AUGGGUGCUUCUCUAACAUCACCCUUACCACAUCGACCACCAACUAGCGUUUGCAAUCAUCUAUUCGUCGCAUCGGAUGCACCACCAAUUUUUCGGCAUCAUCCGUUAACAGCGGUUCAAAACAAGAAACAAUCGGUAUUUACAGCAGGAUGGAAUUGGUCUAAGAAAGCUGCGCAACAG